AUGGACUCCUCCAACUCACCUGAUACAACCCCAUCAUUUGCUUUUAGACCCACAACUCAGAACAACUUCUUGAGAAGCCAUUCUACAAAAGAAACCUUUUUCUCAGAGUUACUUCACUCCCCACCUCGCCUUUCUUAUUGUCCUACUCUUUCUCGCAGCCUCCAAAGUUCUCCUCUUCAUCCUUCAUCCUUACCCACCACCAAGCUCUCUGAUUCUGACCCUCAAACCACUUACCACUGUGCCUCUUCUGUCCUCAGAAACGAUGGUCAGAUCCUGUCUAUAGCUUUGUCAUCAAAUGGUUUAGUCUACACUGGCUCUGAUUCCAAUCUUGUAAGGGUAUGGAAGCUCCCUGACUUCACUGAAUGUGGACAACUUAGGACCAAGGCUUGCAGGGUUGUGGCCCUUGAGACUUCCCAUGACACAGUUUUUGCAGCCUAUGGUGAUGGCAAGAUUCGGGUUUGGAGAAAAACUUGGGAUAAAUUGUUGAAGCAUGUUCGAUUGGCUACCAUCCCAAAGACAGUUGGCUAUGUCAGGAGCUACAUUGCUGGCAAAGACAAGAUUAUGAAGCAUAAGGGGCUAAUCACAUCAAUGGCAAUUAACACAGCAGAGGACAUUCUAUACACUGCUUCCCUUGACAAAACAGUGAAAGUGUGGCGAAUCUCAGACUUGAAAUGCAUAGAGACCAUCAAAGCACACCCUGAGCCAAUCAAUGCCAUCAUUGUGGCUGAUGAUGGAGUUGUCUACACUGCCUCUGAUGAUGCCACGGUCAGAGUUUGGCGUAGAAAUUUUUGUAGCCAUGACCAGCCUCAUUCUCUCACAGUAACCCUGCACGCCAAGUAUUCCCCUGUGAAAGCCUUGACACUAACCCAGGAUGGAGGGAUAUUGUAUGGUGGAUGCAGUGAUGGCUACAUACACUAUUGGCUAAAGGGUUGGUUUGCAGGGCAAUUGCAAUAUGGUGGGUCAAUCCAAGGGCACACACAUGCAGUAAUGUGCCUAGCUAGUGUGGGAAAAUAUGUAGUUAGUGGCUCAGCUGAUUCAACAUGCAGGGUUUGGGGUAGAGAACAAGAUGGUCAACACACAUGUCUAGCAGUUUUGGUUGGUCAUAGAGGGCCAAUUAGGUGUGUAACUGCUUUCAUAGGAGGACGCUUGGUCGAAGAUAAUGAAGAUAGUUGCACUAUUUGCACUGGUAGCCUUGAUGGGGUCUUGAAAGUUUGGCGAGUCACUCAUACCAAGAAUGUGAAUAAUCAGUGCUCAUCACAAGCUGGGGUAAAGUAUUUUGAACUAUAUAAGGGACUUCAAUGA